AAAACAUCCGAACACCAGUCUCGACGUCCACUCCGCGCGGUCCGCCUGUCCUUCCCGCGGCGGCAAACUAAACGCCUAUAAAUAAACUUUUACCAUAAUUUAAUCAAACCGAUAUUCGCACGUGACACCGAAAUAAGCCAUAUUUGUUUUUUACUUUUUUUUUCACAAGUUUAUUUUUUUUUGUGAGCGGGAAACGACGAAACGCAAUUCGAUUCGUGGAUUCAAUGUUCUUAAUUUAAAAUUUAGUGUUUCGAACUAACGGGGUGACAAAUGUUUUAGUGCAUUUUUAAGGAUUUACUGUGGAUUCUUUUUAUAAGAAUUGGCAACACGACCCCGGUCUAGAGAAACCAAGCGAAUCGAUACGAAUAACGAAAACAAAGCGAUCCGUACGACACGUACGAGGCUUAGGACCGCGGACGCUCGAGACGUCCUCCCGAACAGAGAUAACGACGCCGGGGACGCUCAGACAUGGCGUCCACCGACACCUCGACCACCAGCAGUCAGAUCUCCGCCGUAGCCGCCGAGGAGCACAAGCGAACCGUCGACGAAGCAUUCUUGAACAAGAUGAAAGGCCUCGUCGAAAGGUUGAGGCUUGAGAACACGACCUUGAAGAAGUCGCUCGAUGUCGAGCGGAGCGAGGUCCGAGCGCUAAAGGCCCGCCACGACAGCACACUCAGAAACUUAAAGACUGAAUACAGAAAAAAAGAAGAAUUACUAGAAAAACAGCUACGAACACCUAAAUGUGACAAAUCGUCAGAGAACUCACAGACAUAUGAGAGCAAAUUAAUAGAAUUAAAGAAAUUAACGAUAGAAAUUCAGUCUUUAAAGUCAGCGAACAAGGGUCUUCAAGAAAAACUCAAGGUCGCGCAAGCGGCGGAGUGCGCUCGCGCGGCUGAGCUGCGCGCGCAAGCGGCGAAGCACGGCGCGCUCGAGCACGCCGCGCGAAGAGAUGCACGAGCACAGUGCCAUAAACUGCUGGAGGAAAUUAAAUCGAAAGAAAGGGUGAUACUACAACUGAAAAGAGAGGCAGCGCGGACGGCAGUCAUUCAACAUAAUGAUCAGACGCAAAGAAUGGACUGCGGAUCAAAUGAGCUGGGCAGGAAACUGCGAGUUGAUCAGGAAAAAGGGAAAACAAACCGAGAGGAUCUGAAAACAGAUAUACAACAUCGGAAAGAAACCUUUUACAGGGAGGCUCCGUCAGACGAGGAUUCUGCAGUGUCGUCCGCACCAGCCUCGCUGUCACCCCAACCGCUGAACGACAUGUGGUCAUGCGGCCAAUGCCGUUCGUCGGCGGAGCGCGCGUCGGCCGCUGCGCGGGAGUGCACGCGACUCGCGGACGCGCUGCGCGACGCGCGCGACCAACUCGAGCUCAUGGAGUUCCGACUAUUAGAACUAGAAGACGCACACCCGGAUAAGGGUGCUAGAGACACACUUACAGACUCGGAUUCGGGUUGCGUGUCUCCAGGAUCCCGUAUCAAAGAUUCCGCGUCACCGGAACUCAAACGAAUGGAUUCCGGAUACAAAUCCCCCCACGCCCCCAGUAGUCCCUGCAACCCUCGUCGACAUCUGGGCACGCCGCAUGAUGACUUCAAAGAAGACUUCGCCAGGGCCCAGGUCCUGGCAGACAUUCUAGACAAGAACUCCGAGGCGACCAGUGAUUCUUUAAGGAGCAACCCAGUCAAAGAGCAUUUGGAACAGAUGAUCUUGAACGCGGCGUCGGCUGAGGACAGGGCCUGCUUGGAACAAGUUCUGAUGCUACUAUAUAACUUGCAAGCUUGGAGCAGUUCUAUUAGUGAAGAUGAAUGCUAUCAGGCAAAACCAAGGAAAAUAUGUGACCUCAGAUUCAAACAAGACCCAGACAAAACUCAAAAGGCAAUCGCAACUGUAACUCCGUAUCAACAGAAAGGGUACAAAUGCGAGUCCUUAGAGAGUCUUUGCAGCGAAGAACGGAAACCGAACAAUGUUCUGCAAGAAAGUGGCAUCUUUGAAGGUGUCGAAACAGAAUCAAAGUGUACCCAAACUGACGUUAACGAAAGUUUUGAAUGCGGCGGUGAAUUAAACACCGAAAUACAACGACUGAAUAGUAUAAGAGAGAAACUAGAGAGGCAAGGUGUUAGGAAUAGGACUUUAAGUACUAAAGAGGAUGGAGACGGCCUGGAGUGCAGGUGCGUGAAGUUGGGGAAGAAACACAAGCAGUAUUACGAAAGGAGGCUUAAGUUUUUGGAGGGAAAGAUCUCGAUAUACGAAGCGGCACAAGACGUUAAAGAGGCAAAGCUUGCACAAAGAUUGCAGAAAGAGUUCCUUCUUGAAAAUAGAAUACAGGAACUCGAAUCGCAACUUUCUGAUCUACAAGAUAAGUACGAAAGGUUAGAAGAAGAUUGCUGUGAACUAGAAGAAAUCGAAAAUGACACCCGUUUACAUUGGCAGCAGCUUGAGAUGGACUAUGAGCUUUGUUCGGCUCAACUGAGAGACAUGACGGAGCAGAGGGAAUGCUCGCGGGCGCAAGCCGAGCGCCUGAUGGCAGAACUGACCAACAGAGAGUGUACAUUGAAGACUAAAGAGAUGGAAUUGAAGACAAGAUUACAGAAGCUGGAAAAAGCAGUUCCGGCAUUGAUAGCGUGGAAUGUUGUUCAGGCCGUGGGCGCCGAUUUAACCAGCGUUAAAAAGAAGGCUCUAAUGAACCGUAUGGGUGGCUAUAGCGAGUCGACGCGCACUGCGAUCGCUCAGAUCCGCGCGGACAGCCAUCAGUCCAGUAAGUGCGGCGCACUCGUCGCAUAUAACGAUAUCCUCACUGCCGCGCCACCCAAUACACAGCAGCUGGAGAAACAAGUCCUAAUGUUAAUAGCUGAAAAGCAGAAUGUAGAGAGUCAAGCAGCAGAAGUAAAGAGCAAACUCGAGAUGAGAAUAAAGGAAUUGCAGGAAGAGUUAGAAACUACAAAAAGACAGAUAUCAGCUGCCCUCUGCGGAGCAGAAAGCAAGAAGGAGGUUAUAGAAGAGAGGAUCACAGAAUUAGAGUCACAGCUUCGAAGAGAUACAGAAGCUGGAAAGCAACCAGCGGAUCCGUCGAUGGGCACAAAAAUCCGAGCGCUUUUAAUUAGCGAGCAAGAGCUAAAGAACAGAGUAGCAGAGUUGGAGAGAAGAGAGGCUGCCUACCUGGAGAUGUUGACACAAGCUGAUGACAUGUGGGCAGAGAUGGAGGGCGGCUACAAGAAGAGGAUCCAGGAGUCGCAGACUAUUCAGUCCUCGCUCAGGGGAAAAGUCCAGAAACUAGAAUCCGAACGUGAUCAAUGGAAGAAACAUGUCGAGCCAGUUAAGAAGAAAUUACGAGAAGUUCAAGACUCGGAAUCCGCAAUGCGUAUAUCUUUGGAAAAAUCGGAAAGGGACAACAAAGCCCUUAAAGACCAGAAUGCCAGUCUACAUGCCAUGUUCGCUAAGGCAGACGCCGAAGCGAAGAAAUCAGAAGGCGCUUUUAAGGCCCUUGAUGCUAAGUUCAAGAAGGAGAUCGAACAACUGCGCAAAAUAAACAAACAGUUGGACACCGAUUUGAAGAGUGUUAAAGAGACGACGAAAAAGACCGAAUUGACCUUCCUUGGAGAUAUGGAGUCCAUCAGACGGGAACUGACGCGGUGCUGCAAGAACAACCAAGACUUAGAAGUAACUAACAGCGAGUUGAAGGAGGAGGUCGAAUCUCUGGAAAAGCAGCUAGCUUUGACACAGAAAGCUUUAACACAGUGCAAACGGAAAUGUGACGAGAAGAUAAAAACUCUCAGCCAUGAGCUGUCCAUCAAAACAGAAGAACUCGAAGAAUUAAGGAGCGAAACCAUGCGACAGUCAUUCCACGCGUCUCGCGUUGAACUGAAGCCGGAUAGAACUGAAUAUAUUGACGAGGGCUAUUCCGUUUACACGGCGGUACCAAAGAAGGCAGAUUAUGGGAGAAUGCACCACAGCAUGAGUUAUAUAACGUCAGAGUCUCGUUGCUCGUGUCCGUCGAUGCGCAGCCAGCUGGUCGGUCAGCUGAUUGAAGAUCUGUUUGAACGCGUGCAUAACACUGUGGAUGACGACCUCACCAGACUGUGCAACGAAAUCCAUUUGAACCACGGUAGAGAAGUAACUGCUGAAACCAAAGCGAAAAUUACAAAUUACCUCUUAAUGGCUAUCUCGAAGGAGCUCGUAAGGUCCAUAGGGGAUGCUGAUGCUAAGACUGAUACAGAGGAGUGGCAGCGUGCGGCGUCGUCAAUGUCGUUCGGCGCGGGAGUAGUAGGCGGCGCGUCAAGCGGCAACGCGGGAGUGGUGGCUGGCGCCGCGCGCCUCGCGUCCGUCAGCUGCGCCUGCGCCGCGGCGCGCCUCGCCGCUCGGAGACCAGACCUCGCCGCGGCCGUUAAGCUCUGCCAAGAGGAAGUUCUGGAUCAUGGCGAUGUUAAAAUAAUGGAGGAGCAAUUAGCGAAUGCAAUCGAAAGUAUUGUUAAUUGUCCAUCUUGUGCGUUGGGUACAAAUGCGAUAGUUUGGAGCACGGACGUCUAAUAACGCCAUCUCGUGCGAAUUUAUGUGUAAUACCUCCACCGACCUCACUCUGGUGCCUUCAUAAGUUAAGCCGUUAGCAACUUACGAACUGUAAAUAUAUUUGUAUGAUAAAUAAUAAUAAUACUCCUAUUAUAAUGAAGUAACGUAAGCGAAUCUUAUCGAACAAUUGUACCUACAUUCGAAUAAGCAGUUUCCAAUAUGAACGGAUUCUCGACGUAUUUUUUUUUAUUUUCCUUUCUUUUUGUCAUUUCUGUGCCAAUUGUGUUUUUAAGUUAACUUGCCAACAAAACACCCUUCAAAUACAAAUAAUAUUAUUAUUCUCCUUUUGGAAUUAAUAAUAUGUUCUAAAUGUUUCAGAUCUGAUAAUAUGUACCACAACAUUUUAUUUGUUUAAUUGAUACAUUUCUUUAUUAAUCGAAACUCUCAGCGGAUAUUAACGACGUGUUAUUUAAAGGUGUAGUUUUGUUAUAAGCAAGUUUUGUUUGUGUAAAUAAUAUUAUCAUGUAUGUACCGUUUUAUUAACAAUUCGAGUCACUGACAAAAUUAGGUUUCUUUCUCUAUUUUAUAUAUUUAAAAAUGUUUUAUUAGGAAAAGAUGAAUCAAUGAUCGAUUAAAAUUAUUAUUUAAA